AUGAUUCCCCUCUUCCUCGCCCUGGCACUAGGGCUCGGUCCCGCCUCUGUCCGAUCGCAGACGGACGCGACGCCCGGACCUGGGAAAUUCUUCUUUAUGUGGCCGACGCAGGUAUCGCAGUGUCAGCUUGUCAAUCUGACUUGGGGAGCUGGAGCGGUCGCGCCAUUCCAAGCUUGGGUCGUACCAAUAGGUCAACAGCCUUUCAUCUACCAGAUACCAGCUUCAGCGUAUUCAAAUAACCAGGGGUUCUAUCAGAUACAAGUCCAGCUUAAUCAGGGGACGAACUACGUGAUGCUCAUGUCUGACGCCCGAGGCGUCGGAUCCGGCGGCACUUCCGCCCUCCAAAUCGUCUCCUCCUCUCCUGACACCUCCUGCCUCAACACCGCCUCCCGCAAUCAAACCGCCAAAGCCUUCUCCUACUCUGUCGCCGGGCGCGCCCAACAGUGCUCCAACGGGUUCGAAAUAGCCUGGGAUGGCAGUUCCGCGAAUGCGCCGUACAACUUUACGGUCAUUCCGCUCACGCAGCGGUAUUACCCGUUUGAUGUGGUGCUCGAGCAGAAGAGCGGGUGGAGUACCGACUGGGUGGUUAAUAUGACGACGGGGACCAGGUUUACGGUGGUGAUGAACAACAAGAACGGGUACGGUAGAGGCGGCGCAGCAGGCAUUUACGAAGUCGCCAAUACCAACAACACUCCCUCCUCCUGCGUUUCCCAAAGCAUCAUGGGCACGGGCGCCUGGCCCAUCGGGGUAGCCACCAACACCCUACCGGUCGCUACCCGACCCGCCCAGACUCUGGCAUACGGCAAUAGCGGCGGCGGCGGGGACAACGGCUUCGGCGCCGCUAUCGCCGGUAUAGUCGUCGGAUGCCUCGCAGCUCUUGUUAUCGCCGGCGUGACGAUCUGGUUCUGCCUCCGCCGGCGACGGCGGCUCAGGAUGGGUCUGGACGCGAGGGGGAAUAAGCGGAAGGCGGAAGAGGUGGACCUGGCGGAUGAGAUUGAUGAUGGAGAUACAGAUGGACAGGGGUAUAGUGAUGCCCAAGUGGGGAUGCCGGUCGUUUCGCCGUACCCUACCAGUGCGAGCGGGGGAGGAGGGAGGUACUCGGCUGUACCUGGAGAAGAGAGGAGGGGGAGCUUUGGGGUGUCGGAAGGAGGGACGAUGACUUCGGCGGGAGUGGCGGGUGUGGGCGCUGCGGCUGGUGUCGGCGGGAGAGGGUCGAUGGGGGAGGAUAGGGAGCGGGAGCGAGAACGUUGGGAAGGGAACGGGGUGGCUGGUCCAUUACCGUCGAAAUCGCCUCUCGGACCCGGAUCCAGCGCGGCAGGUACGAGUACGGCGGUAUCGCCUCAUCAAUUGUCCCCGCCUGUCUCAAGGACGGGCGGCUCGAACGACUCGGUACCUUCGCUCAAGAGGGAUACGCAGAAUAUGCUGGGUCUGCCACCUGGUGCUGGCGCUGGCAUUGGCUUGGGCGAUGGCAUAGGCGGAGGCGGGGGGAUGCGUGUGAUGAACCACGAUCAUCCGGAUUAUCUCCCAGCUAUCCCAGUAGGGGCCGGAGGGAGCGGGAAUUCCCGAGGAAGUGGGAACAGACAGUCGAGGGAGGAUAGACAACCGCAGUUCCGCAGACAUGCGGACGCGGGGAGGGUGGAAGAUGUCGUAGAUCUCCCACCGCUGUAUACGGAUGUCCCGAGGGAGGGGCGGCUGGAACACGAGGUGGAUGUGGGGGAACGCACAGGCUUAGCGCCGGACAGUCCUAGGUAUACGGGGAGAUAG